CCUGUUUUCGUUUGAUUGGUGGAGUGAGAGAUAUGGCCGUGGAUGAUAUAGAUUGUAUCGUCUUUGGACUGAAACGGCCUGCUGCUGCACAAAAGUGCUUUCCUCAGAAGUGUCCAAGAUGGAUGAUUCUCAGCGCCUACUCUCCAUGCUCUAGUACCUGUGCUGGUGGAGUUCGCUCAAGAAAUGUAUUCUGUGUGCAAUUCAUUGCCCAAAUUAAUGAAACGACGGGAGAGUUUGUCUGUGAUGCUGACGGAAAUCCGAUUGGAGAGAGUAUAGUACUGUCAGAUGCAAGCUGCUUUGCUGGUAAUAUGCCGAGAAGAGUAGACGCCUGCAACACUCAGAUACCCUGCCCUCGUAGAUGGUCCCCUGGGACAUUUGCACCUUGUGAUGCUAACUUCUGCCAAGAAAGGAGUCUUACGUGUACCGGAUUUGAUCCCAGUGAUCCAGAGGAACAAUGGUUGCUUGACGUUUCCGAGUGCGCGGAUCUCCCUCUACUACACACAGUCCGCAGCUGUGGAGGGGGGACUUGUGAUGCUGGAAUAUGGAUGACAGAGAAUUUGGGUACUUGCACAGUGACCUGUGGGAUCGGCAAUCAAGAAAGGAAUGUUUUCUGUGUGUCGCGUGCUGAUGGGUCCCGAAUCAAUGAGGGAUUCUGUAACAUUAAUGAACGACCACCGGUUUUCGAAACAUGUAUACUUUUUAAUUGCCCAGGACGUUGUGAUUUCGAGCCCCCUGACUGUCGAGUAUUUAGACUACUGAGGCGCUGUAAGGACCUGGCCGUCGGCAUGCCCUGCUGUAAAAGCUGCCCCCUGCAAUUUGUUGACAAUACUCCUACUCUGAUUACUAGAGACAACCUUGUUCUGUCGUUGGAUCAGAAUAGGUACAAUGUGGCUGCGGGAACAGAUUUAAGGAUCUGCUGUGUGGCCUCGUCCAGUACUCCAAAUGCCUUCCUGCCUUUCCUCUUCAAUUGCAACUUCUUUGCCGAAGAGAUUGAAAGGGAGGUUAUGGUAGGAAAAGUAUUAGACAACACUGCGUGUGUUACCUUCCCUACUUCUGGACUUGCGAGUGGCAGUGGAUUCCUUUUGUCACUAGAGGAUGAUCAGGGGAUGGUGCGCGACAUUGCUAAUGUCACCAUUGUUUAGUGAUUUCUCAGCAUAGGAAGAUUUGACUUCCACUUUCAGUGUAUGUAUGCUUAUAAUUUUUGUCAAGUUCAAUGCCAGUUUUUUUUUGUAUAUAGCUCUUGCUUUGGGCGUCAUAUACUCCUUUUAGACUUUGCGUAUAACCGUACAUAUUUUUGUGUAAAGAAUGUGAUUAACUUAAUUCUGUGUUGCACAAGCUGUAGGUAAUAGAAUGA